CAUGCAGAAGCAGCGGCGUGCGCGAGCCUACUGUGUCGUUUCUUUUUCCGACGGACAUUUUCAGAUCAUUUUUGUAUUAAAUUUUUUUUUAUAAAUAAUACUACAUAAGUUAAUUGGGUCUUUCACGAAAACGUGAAUGCCAGACAGGCCGGCAUGGCGGUAAUAGUGCGCUUGCAUGGUCUGAAUAUUAAAGCAGGAUCUGAAGACAUACGAAAGUUCUUUCAUGGCUUACCCAUUCCUGAAGGAGGUGUCCAUAUCACCGGUGGCAAGAUGGGUGAAGCGUUUAUUAUAUUCAGUUCAGAGAGAGCUGGACAAUUGGCCAUGCUGUAUUCUGGAAAGCAGCUCAGAGGCUCGACUGUUACACUUUAUAAAAGCAACAUCACAGAGUUUAAAAACUCAUUGGAGUUAAAGUUGAGAAAAAGGAAAUGUCCUCCUCCGAUAAAUGAACCUCAGACCACACCACCAACAUCCACCCUAGAAAUGUGCACCACCCUGUGUCUGGGUCUAGUGGCUAUGGUACAGGAACUGCAGUCCAAGAUCAAAACGGACCAAGAACUGUCAACCCCAGUUAGUACCCCUGAUGCACCCAAAUCUCGUGAGAAUUCAGUUGAAAAGAGUCCAAUACCUGAUCAAAUGCUGCCAGUUAAGAAUCAGGUAAUGGUUAAAGGACAUCACAUGGAGGUACAAGAAGAUGGAGAAAGAGAGGUCGACUCAUGCAAACCUGGUUAUCUGCGCAUUUACGGUCUUCCACACACGACCACCAAGGAGGAAGUGUGUCAAUUUCUCAAAGGACUAAGAGUGGUGGAUGUAAUAACAGAUAGUUUACAAGGACGGGACCGGUGUUGUCUAGUGAAGAUGGCUAGUUUCAAAGAAGCUGAGGAUGGCCUGAAAUACAGCCAUGGCCCAAUGGACUUACCGAUUGAGGUCAGGCUGGCCCAUGAAAGAAUGUGGGAAAAUGCAGUGGAGCGCUAUGAAAAUUCCCCAAGUAGCACGUUCCCCAAACAGGAAGGAUAUCUGCAUGGAAAUUCUCCAGCUAAACGGCCUUGUUCGUCUGUGAGAUCACCAAAACGACGCCGUUCCAACUCUCCAACUUGUAAUACUGAGUAUUGUGUCAUGGUAAAGAACCUUCCUAAAACUCUCACCAAGACUGAGAUAAAAGGAUUGUUCUCAUGCCCAGACUUACCAAAUAGUAAAGUACUGCAUCUACUGGACAAGUGGAAGGAACGUACGUCUACUGCCUUUAUAAUAUUUACACAGCCGGAGAAAUUUACCUUAGCCAUGAACAUGAACGGGAGUGUCGUUGACUCACAAAUAAUCGACGUUUCAUCCAUUACUAUGGAAAAAAUGUACAACUUAUUGUAUAAAAGCAGAUGUACCGAACCGGAAAGGUGUGCCAGUACACAAACUCGGCCUGUUUUGUCCUGCAUCUACGCACGGAAUUUCCCUGCUGCCGUGAGGCGAGCAGAAGUGAAAGAAUUCUUCAGUAAGUAUGACAUCAGUGAAGAGGACAUUAAAUUGCUUAAGGAUAAAGACGGCAACAGGACCGGUGAGGCUUGUAUUCAGUUCGGAUCUGAGGAACACGCAAGAGAGGCUCAUAGUCAACACAGAAAACACUUUAAGCAAGAACAAAUUCUGCUUACCUGCAUUACACUGCAACAAAUGAAAGAUCUGCUGCACAAAACUCAUGAACGUGCAUUUUGAGCUGAAAAGGGAAGUGAUGUGUACCUUUUCAAACAUUUAAAAAUAUUAAGGAUGGUGAAAAACCUUCAUUCAGUCCCCUUUUUUAAACAUGGGGAAAGGAAGCACUUGUAUAAUAAAUUAAAUAUGUAUAUAAGACUCAAAAAUAAUUUGGGACUUGCUUUGUAUUGCAUGGACAAUAACAAUUUGAAAUAUUUAAUGUUGUUUGGUAUAUUCUGGCUUUGUCAUGUAACGUUUCCCAACUGCUGUUGCAGAUAAUACAGCAUACCUGCAUAUUACUGU